UCAACUUAAGAUUAACAAGAUGAAGUACGUUCUCUAUUUUGUAUUGCUGUUAUUGCAUUGUGCAUCUGUUCAUACUUUUUCUAUAUUCACUGAUGAUAGUGAUCAAAACACUACCGAAUUGGACAUGAAAAACAUUGAUACCAAGAACGCGGACGUGGUCAGGCAACUUUUGAAUCAGGAGACACUUAUUAGAAUGGCUUUGGUCAGGAAUGUACACAUACUAAUGAAGGAUAUGGUGGACCUUAAGAAAAAACAUGAGUCGAUGGAAUCUUUACAACAGAGUACAGAAAUAAAAGUUACAGCCUUACAACAGGAAGUGAGGGACCUUAAACGGGAAAACCAAAAACUUGACCUCGAAAACAGAAAAUUUGCAGAAACUUUUAAUCUCGUUAAAGAUAACUUUACGCAGAUUAGUGAUCAGUUUAAAGACUUUGCUAAAGAAUUAGAGAAAGAAAGAGAAGCGUUCGAAACAAAUACAAGUAUUGUUCUAAGUGAUUUGAAAAUUGAAGUUCGAUAUCUCUCAGUCACACUCCUAGAUCUUAAUAAACAUACACUGGAAAGAGAAAAAAUUAUUCCGGAUAUGAUGGACGAGAAAUGUAACGUCUUGUCAGCGAUGUUUAACACUUCACUGGAAACCUUGAACAAUGAUUUAACAGCAAUCAGCACUAAACUGUCGAAGUCAGUUUCAAAUCUUGAAAACUCACAAAAUGCAAUUAUAGUAUCUGUGUUUGGUGAUAUCAACAAAACCUUGGAUGAAUUACAGACUGAACUAAAAGAAACACACAAUAGUCAACUGAAGUUGUCUGCCUCUGUAUCCUCUCUAGAGGUGUUUCGAAUGAAUGUUUCCAAUAACCAUUGUGAUUUUGGAAAGAAAGUGGCUUUCACGGCUGGAGUGACGUCUUCGUCCACUUCCUGGAACAGUGGCACACUAGUUUUCAAUAAGGUCAUUAACAACGUGGGAGGUGGCUAUAAUCCCAAUACAGGGAUAUUUACCGCACCCCUCAAUGGAGACUAUGUCUUCUAUGUCAGUAUCCAAAGUGCUGGUGCCGACUUCUAUGAUAUUUAUGUAGACAUUGUGUUCAAUGGAUCUAGCAAGGUUCGAGCGAUGGCCUAUAAUUAUAAUUCUAACGAUCUGCACGAAACAGGGACAAACAUGGUGACACUGAGACUACAGCAGGGAGACACGGUGUGGGUUAAACAUCACUCUGGUACAGGUUACUACACUCACAGUGACGCUCCUAUCACAACGUUCUCUGGAUUCCUAACCUAAAUGUGUGCAGUCCUGUAUUUGAAGACAACAAAUAUCUAUACAGAAUGUCAAUUGUUGUAAAAUCAUGGGUAUGCAUUGUUUCAUUGUAACCUACAUGAUAAAAUAAAAUAAAAAAAAAACAUAUCAA